GUAAACUAAACCGGGUUUUUUCUGUCAAGCUGAUUUACACAUUCUGUCAAAUCCGACACACUGGCAAGAUUUGAUUUUCUUCACUUGUUUCUUCACCUUCGGGUUAGGUUUUGGGAGAAAGCAGGGAUGUCGAAUACAGCUUGUUUUAUCGUUGUGAGCCGAAAUGAGAUUCCUAUAUACGAAGCUGAAGUUGGAUCAGCUGUGAAAAGAGAAGACACUGCACAGCUGCACCAAUUCAUAUUACAUGCAGCUCUGGAUAUUGUUCAGGACCUUGCAUGGACUACUAGUGCCAUGUUCUUGAAAGCAAUUGACAGAUUUAAUGAUUUGGUGGUUUCCGUCUAUGUUACAGCUGGUCAUACACGAUUUAUGCUGCUUCAUGACUCUCGCAAUGAUGAUGGAAUCAAGAGCUUUUUCCAAGAGGUUCAUGAGCUUUACAUAAAGAUUCUUCUUAAUCCAUUAUACUUGCCGGGCUCCCGCAUUGCAUCAUCUCAUUUUGAUACUAAAGUCCGUGCACUUGCUAGAAGUAUCUUUAAUUUUUUUGUCACUUCUCUUAGACUUUGUACUUAAUAUUACUUGUUUUGGGAUGGGAAUGAUAUACAUGAGGUCUGAGUCCUUCUGGUCAGAAACAGUGGCCGGAUUCGCUGUCCGGAAGAGAACAAUGAAAUUUGCUAUUUCUAGCUGUGUGGAUGCAUUUAUUUGGCAGUUGUUGACAUUCUUCUAACAAAUGGAAUCCAAAGUACAUUCUGGGCUGGA